GAUUAACAUUAGACAUAUUGGGAGCUUUCCAGCAAGGGACACAGGCGACACAAAGUGACACAGUGUUGAACACAGUGCUUUCCAACAACUACACAACUUGACACAAGUAUACACAGUCUAAAAGCUGAGUUGAGCAAACACAUGGCUACCAACUAUUUUUUUUAAUUAAAAUUUUGAUGUGCUAUAAAAAUGUAGCAGCCCUGUUUAUUUUAGUUAUCACAUGUAUAAGCAUAGCUGGGAAACGUAAAGGAAUAUUAAAAAUGUUUUUUUGCAAAUAUUGCAACGAGGAAAUUGAAUCUAUUGAAAACAGUCCGCAACAUGCAUGCUUUAUUAAUAAAGAUAUUUACUUAGAAAAUAAUAUUUUAUGUACAAUUGAAGAGAACAAAGAUUUGCCUUGUGCAAUGCAACAUAAUAGUACAGAAGGUACAGAAAAUAUAGUUGUGAAAGAAGGAGAAAAAAAAACGCUUUCUAAUUCUCCCACAAUUAAACAACAUGCUGUUUGGACUAAAAAUGCAACAUUAGCAUUACUUGCUCUUUACGAAAUGAAACUAGAUAUGCUAGAUAGUCCUAAAACAAGAGGUAAAAUUUGGCAAGAAAUAGCCAAUGGUCUAUUAGAAUACAGUAUCGAGGCAUGUAUUUUUUAAUAAUUAUUUCAAAUU